CUCGCGCACAGCUCAGCCUCCUCCCUCCAAGCGCCGCCUCCAGAUGAAGCCCUCACUUAAAAAGCAGAUAGAUAGUAAACUGUUUAAAACUUAGAGUCAGAGGGGCUGUUUUUCCACUGUUAUGUAAAAUAUCGCGUCAACUUCGUCCACGCUUCCUCGUCAAAACAACGGAAUGGAGUGAACGUCCAACCGAGAGAGGAACGACUCUGAUUUAUCCGCAUCCACCAAGAGCGACUUUAAACUUCAACCAAGUUUACUUGGACAUUUUCUGGAGACUCUGCAUGCUGGAGCUUGUCGCUGACUUCCUGUAGACUGCUUCAUAGAGAGGGAAACCUUUUCUGAAAAGCAGGAGAAAGGCCUGUUCACCCACCUUCUCUACACUGGAAGCUGCAGGAUAAUAACACAAUGGCUCGAAGAUCCACUGUUCCCUUGUUACUUCUUGCAAUGUGUUGCCUGGCAUCUGCAGGGCCAUUAUUUCGCAGCCCAUGUGAGUUGCUGCCGGUGGGGAUGGGACACCCAGUGCAGGCCAUGUUGAAGAGCUUCACCGCCCUGUCAGGCUGUGCAAGCAGGGGCACCGCCAACCUCCCUCAGGAGGUCCACAUCAUCAACCUGAGAGGACUUGCUCCAGAGGGACCAGACAACACCCAGGCAGAAGUUGAGCUGCAUCUGAAGCCCAUCCAGUCUUUGUUGCGCCACCAGAAGCCCCUGGUCUUCGUGCUCAACUCCCCCCAACCACUGAUCUGGAAGAUCAAGACAGAGAACCUGGCCCCGGGCAUCAAACGCACCUUUCAUGUAUCUGAAGGCUCAGAGGUCCACUUUCAGCAGGGAAACUUCUCCCUCUCCUGCCAGAUCCAAAAGGAGAUCCUUCCCCAUGGCAAUGAGCACCUCCUCAACUGGGCCCAGAGGAAGUACAGGGCAGUCACCUCUUUCUCUGAGCUCAGGAUGACUCAAGACAUCUACAUCAAAGUUGGAGAAGAUCCAGUGUUUUCUGACACCUGCAAGAUUGAUACCAAGUUCCUGUCUCUGAACUACCUGGGGGGCUACGUGGAGUCACAGGCAUCAAAGGGCUGUGUCCUGUCUGGACCUGACAAAGACAGAGAAGUCCACAUAAUUGAGCUUCAAGCCCCGAACUCCAGCAGUGCAUUCCAGGUAGAUGUCAUAGUAGAUCUACGGCCUAUGGAGGAUGAUGCCCCACUGCAUCGGGAUGUCGUCUUGCUGCUCAAGUGCGCAAAGUCUGUCAACUGGGUUAUCAAGGCCCACGGUGUGAUUGGCAGACUGGAUGUAGUGGCCUCUGACACCGUGAGUGUUAGUUCAAAUACGGAAAAACUGAUGCAAGUGUCAAAAUCCCCCAAGCAGCACUUGCCAUCAGGGUCACAAGCCUUGAUCAAGUGGGCAGAGGAGCACAGCUAUAGUCCAGUCACGUCUUACACCAGCACUCCUGUGGCUAACCACUUCAAUAUCCGGCUCAGAGAGCCAGAUGUGGUGGAUCCUCUGGACAGCAUGUUUCCCCCAGAGCUCUCCAUCCUGCGUGACUCAAGUCCUCAUCCAGGAGCAGGAACUGCUUCACGGCGCUCCAGUCUGCCCUUUCCCUUCCCUCCACCUGUUUCUCAGGGCCUGCCCCACCUGCCGCUGCCCUCCCUCCUUGAUGACCGUCCCUGGGAGAACGGAGAGCCAGAGGAGCACCAGGGCGUUCUGAGCGUCGGCCUCAGUGUGCAGUGCGAAGAAACAAAGAUGGUGGUCAGCAUCGACAAAGAGAGCCUGCAAGCGAACGGAUUUGCUCAUGCCAACCUCACACUCCAAGACCCAGAAUGCAAAGCAACAGUCAAUGCCACCCACUACACGCUGGAAACUCCUCUGACUGGUUGUCAAACCACCGUAUAUCCCAUGCAGGGUAGCUCAAUGGCCCUUUACAUCAACUCUGUCUUGAUAAGUCAUGCUGAGACUAAGGAUGGGAGUGGUGGACCCCUGGAGUAUGAGGAUCUGGAAUCUGGAGACGUGUUGUUCCCAAGGGACACAGUGGAGUUAGAGAGGACAUUUACGGAGCCCAUAGAGCACCAGUCCGUCAUAGUGUUCAAUUGCACGUACCGAAAGAGUCAGGAAACCCACGAUACACUUCCCAGGAUUGUACCGGGACCAGCGAAGCAACCGGUCAACAACAUGACCUAUAACAUGGAGCUGUACAACACAUUGCCGAUCAACAACCCCUCACGCCAGGCCUUCCACACCGUCGCACAAAAUCAGCAAGUCUUUGUGGAGGUCACAUCAACCGCAUCAGAUCCGGAACUGGGGUUCACCAUUAUAUCGUGCUUCAUUUCUCCCAACUCCAACCCCAGCGUGGCCUCAGACUACAUUCUCAUUGAGACAGUCUGCCCCAGAGAUGACUCGGUCAAUUACUAUCCUCAGAGAGACUUUCCUGUCCCUCACGCCCAGAUGGAUAAGAAAAGUUUCAGCUUCACCUUCAAUUCAAAGUUCAACAUGUCCCUUCUCUUCCUGCACUGUGAGAUGUCUUUGUGCGCGAAAAGAUCUGAGAGCAACCAAAGACUACCACCGUGCUUACAAUCCAGUGAAACUUGUGAUUCCCUGACUUUGGACAAUAUCCUAGCGAUGAUGAUGAACACCAAGACGUCUACCAAGCCGCUGGUUGUGGUGAAUGGAUCUGUUCAGCCAGUUCCUCCAAAACCAAGCCCAUCAGAUCCCCCUAUUGAGAGCACAAUGUACGUGCUAGACACUCCGACAGUGGUGGGGAUCGCCUUCGCAGCCUUUGUGAUUGGGGCUCUGUUGACCGGAGCCCUGUGGUUUAUCUACUCGCACACAGGUGAGACAGCUGGCACACAGCAGGUCCAGAGGUCUCAGCCCGCCUCAGAGAACAGCAGUGCAGCCCACAGUAUCGGCAGCACACAAAGCACACCCUGCUCCAGCAGCAGCACGGCAUAGCCCAGGGCACCCCAGCGGGACACGCAGCCCAGCCAUGGCACAGGAAGGGCCCGGACGGUUCACAGGGACCGGUUUGUGGACUCUAGUUUCCUUCGAUGAAAGGACUUAUUUUGGGGAUGCAAUAGGAAGGAAAGAAGUGUGAUUUAUAAAAAAAAGAAGAAAACACACAAUAACACCUUUAGUUCUUGUGUAAAUUCCUUUUGUGCCACUUCAAGCGUGUGCCGACUAAUGUGCUGACCUGGUGUUAUUGGUCUGCAGUAGUAGUGAGACUCAGCUUGGCAGCCUCACCUCAUAUCUAGUAUCUUACUAAAACUACAACAAACAAAUGUGAGUUUAUACCAGACAUUUCUCUACAAUCCAAAUGCUGCUUUUUUUCCACCAUACAGCCUUUUGUUUUGACCUUAAAAGGUUUGAUUUAGGCUGUUUGUAACAAGCAGGUGUACUCUAACAGCAAGGAAAAGCAAUAGCAGUGAUGUCAGUAUUAGUAAGUGAGAUGUUUAUGGCUGGACUGUAGCACAUUACUUUAUGACACGCAACCCUGGAGGUGGCAAAGGAGCAAAACAACCACUAUUAACAUUCGGACAAAAGUGCAGUAUGAAAGGAAGUCAUCAUCUUCACACACAGUGAGAUAAUGACUUUAAAAAGAUAAGAAACAGUGUAGGUAUUGAAUGUAUUCAGAAGAGUAAAUGCCAAAAAUGUGAAAGAAAAAUGUGAAAGACAUGCUGAUAAAAAGCCACAUUGUAUAAUGUACUAAUUUCAGUCAAUCUGCCCUCAAUAUAGAUUUGUACACACAGUAUGGUAAAACAUAUUUCACAUGUGCUGUCUAUACCGUAGCUAUAGUGAUGCAUUUCAGUAGAUCUAGGUCUAAGCUAAGGUCUGAGUCUCAAUUUUCAACUUCACAGGGGCAUUAUGGGUUCCUUUUUACUAUAUGAACAGUUUUCAUUUAUGAAUAGUUCAACAUUUUGGAAAAUAUACUUAUUUAAGAGUUCGACAAGAAGAUUGAUACCACUCACAUGUCUGAACUGGAUGCAGGAGGGGAAUAGCCUAGCUUAGCAUAAAGGCUGGAAACUGCUAAUUCAGAGGAAUGGUUCAACAUUUUAAAGAAUAAAAACACAAAUUGUUUUACAUUUCUGUCUAUGCACGGGUUAAACAGACACGAUUUACAUGUUAAUUAGCGAGCUUUAGAAGCAUUGGACAUAGCCAAGCUAGCUGUUUCCUCCUGCUUCCAGUGCUAAGUGCUUUAUGCUAAGCUAGGCUAAUCCUUUUGACUCCAGUUCUGUACUCAACACACAGACAUGAGAGUGGUAUCAAUCUAUUUAUCUCACUCUUGGAAAGGAAGUGAAUGAGUUUAUUUCCCAAAAUGUCAAAUUAUUCUUUUUUAAAACAUGUAUAUUUUUUGUAAAUAUUGUAAAUACUCAAAAAUAUUAUGAUGCAGAGUGUGUGCAAAUGCUGUUGGAUUCUGUUGUCUGGAUUAGACAGGAUUAACAUUUGCAAGUUAAUACUAUUGUGUACUUUAAAAGUGAUAAAAUUUGAACCACAAUGUUGAAUGACAGGAUCAACAUAUGGUAUAAGUUAAGGACAUGACCCUCAAAUCAUUGUCACAUAUUUGUCCUUUUACAAUAGGGCUGCUACUCAACAUUAUUUUCAUUAUUGAUUAAGCUGUUGAUUACUUUUUUGGCCAAUCAGUUAAUCAUUUAGUUUAUAAAAUGUCUGGAAAUUAUGAAAAUCAUAAUCAUUUUCUAUUAAUUGACUAAUCAACUGAUGGAAUAAUCAUUUCAGCUAUACUUUACACAUUCAGUCAGUUGUCCUGUUAUCAGAUAGAGCCAGAGGAGGAGUACUUUUAUUACAUUAUAAAGCCAAAUAUAUAUGGAUAUGGAUUUUCUUAUCCCAGCUAUUUUUGUAUAAAUCUUGGCACUGACAAUGUGUUGAUUAGAAAGAAUAAGCUGUAGCUGAAGGUCAUCAUUAUGGACAUAUAAUUUCAUGUUUUGCCAAUGUGUUCCUCAAACUGCAACACCACGACUACCCCACCGUCUCAGAAUAAUAUGAAUGUUUGCCGUAGUGCCUUCCUUUAACCUGUAUGUGUUUUCUUUUUGUCAGACUGUGUGUGGGACAAACUGGGGCCUUUGAAUUGCAGAGGGAGGUUUCCCUGUAACAAUUUAACCGUGUCUCCAGUAAGGAGUAACAAGAAAAACAGAAUGUAUAUUAUCUCAAAGCUUUUGAUUUUUUAAAUUCUUUUCUUAUGUAAACAUGUAUAAAGCUUUCUACAGAGGGAACAGAGUAUAAAUAUAUAUAUUUGUGUAUAAAAUUAUAUUUUGGAAUAUAUUUACCAAGAGAAAUUUAUUGUCUUCUAUGUGUGUAAGUACUGUGAAUUGUGGAUGUGCUCAUAACACACGUUUGUGGGGGAUUUAUUUGGUUUAUUCAUAAAAGUCUCAUGGCAUGUUUUUACGACACUUUCACUGAUGAAAAUGAAAUAUAUACAAAAUUAUUCAGCACAUUGUUAAAAGAAUCACAUGUUGAGUCUGUUUUACUGACUAAAAAAAGUCAAAAGUAAACAUUUUCCUGACAAAAUUUGAAAAAUAGAUAUGUAUACCUAAAUUUAAAAAGAAAUCACAUCUAGAAACAUUUUAUACAUAUUUAUAAAUUAGACAGAUGUGUAUAUUUCAUUAUCAAGGAAUGUCAUAAAACAUGUUAUGAAAUUAUAAUAACACAAUAUAUAAAUCGUUUUUAAACAAAGCAUUACUUGCAAGUUUUUAUUCUUCAAUACAUGGAAUACAACUCAUAAUGUUUUGUUUAAACAAUAUUAUCAUUUUUUCAUCUGAUCUUUUUUUUAAUUCCCCACUUGGCAAUACUGGCUCAUUCUUGCUGUUGCGGAUUGAUUACUAUGUUGUAUAAAUAAUAGGUUUACUCAAAUAGUUUCAUAUGAAGUGAAUCAGAAAUUAAUAUAUUUGAAUAUAUAUCUUAAAUACAAACUUCAUAUCAUUGAAGAUAAGCUGUAACAAUGCGUAUUAAACUAUAUUUUUAUCCUGAUAUUAGUAAAUAAUUACAUGUAGUUUCACAUGAAAUCAGUGAUUUAUUCAGUUAUCACCAAAUAACAGAAACCCAGAUCCCAAAUUAAAUGCUGUUUGGUCCUUCUGUUGUCAAAACAAUUAUUUUUUCUCCCUUAAAAUAAUUUUUGCUCAACCACUGAUGAUAGCAGUUAAGCCAAAUUUGGAAUAUGGAAGUGGAAUAUAUAUUAAGUGUAAAUGUAUUCAGUUAGAAUGGAGGGUGGAAUAAAUCCAGCUAUCAUGUUAUUGUGUUUCUGGAAACUCAACUGUUUUCAAUAACACUUGAGAAAUAAAUUUUGAGUUGUAUUAGAACCACUUGGUUUUAGAGCAACAUUAGAACUUGUUUGUUUUAUUGGGCUUCUUGCCAGGUGUGUCCCCUGCCAAAACCCAAACCUUUUGAAACUCAAUUCCACAUAUACAGCAUUGAUAUGUAGUGCACUUUUGCUGUUAUCAAGCAGAAUUAUUGUGAACAACAGCACUCUCUCCCACUGCAUAUAGAAUAUACUUAGUGAAAGAUCCAUGUCCUGCAGAGUGGAAAUGUGCCUCAGCCUAUAAUCAGCGGUCACUGUGGGAUUAAGGGUUUUUGACAUUCCUGUAGUUUUGCGGUUUCUCUUAUCGACUGUGGCAAAUCCAUCUCCCAUAUGUAAUUAUCCCCUCCGCCCCUCGUGUCAUGCUGUUACGCGACCGAGCCUCAAAUUAUGUUCUGGAUCUAAUCUUCUCAUUUGGGGAUAUUCUUUCACUCAAACUAACGAUACGUUUCAUGAGAGUUGUUGUUCAAGUAUCAACAUUCCUCCUUUUGGCCCAGUGCAUGCUGGGAAAAGCUCCACCACUUCCCCAAUCCUGACCAUGAAGAAAUAAGUAUAGAUAAUAAGUUAUCAAUAUGAAAUAAUGAUGCUGUAUUACACAAUAUUGGCACUGUUACAAUAAGUGUGCUGAAGGAGCAAAAGACUUUCACUUCAUGAUUUGUAGUUAAUGCUGAACUCAGAACAGCUGUAAUCAGAGCACAGAUCCAUAUGUCUAGAUGUUGAUUGUAUUUUUUUUUAACCAUUUGACUACCUCGUGUUUUUCUAUGAAUGUGUCUUUUGUGUACAAUUUGUGUGUCUGUAUGUGUGUGCCUAUGUUUGAACUCAAGAAAAGUGUAAAUGCUUGUAGAUUAUAUUGCAGUUGGAUGAUUAGGGGCCCCCACCUGUUUGUGGUUUUAUUGCAGUUUUUUUUUUCUUUUUUCAAUCUCAAAGCAAACAAUGAAGAGUUUGCACUUUCCCAUGAUGCCAAGAGUGCCCUUUUCUGGGUGUUGUAAAUGUGUUGGUUACCUGUUUUGUUUUGUUUUUUUGGUCUUUUUAUAUGCUGUAAAUAUGCAUGAUAUUUGUAUAUCCAUUAUGCCCAAUAAAUUUUACAUCAUAAUUCACAA